GACAAAAGGAAGCCUUUAAAAUGCUAUGCAAGUCACGACGCCAUUUGUCAUUUCCGGAAGCUAAUCUUUUUCGGGUUUUUUGUCUGUUUUUGUAACUCCAUGUGUUUGUUCUUUUGCUGCUGCCACACAGCUUUCCCCAACCUCAUAAUUUUUUUCCACUUAGGGAUAAAAAAAAUAUAAUGUCGACAAAAAAGAGAGAGAGAGAGAGAGAGAGAGAGAACAAGAGACAUAAACAAUGGAGGAAAAUAGAGUGAAGAAGACAAGGAUAGUGUUAGUACCAGUUCCAGCACAAGGUCAUGUAACUCCGAUGAUGCAACUCGGGAAAGCUCUUCACUCAAAGGGUUUCUCCAUCACUGUUGUUCUGACACAGUAUAAUCGAGUUAGCUCUUCCAAAUACUUCUCUGAUUUUCAUUUCCUCACCAUCCCAGGCAGCUUAACUGAGUCGGAUCUCAAAAACCUAGGACCACAAAAUUUUGUGCUCAAGCUCAAUCAAAUCUGUGAGGCAAGCUUCAAGCAGUGUAUAGGUCAACUAUUGCGUGAACAAUGUAAUGAUGAUAUUGCUUGUGUUGUCUACGAUGAGUACAUGUACUUCUCUCAUGCUGCAGUUCAGGAGUUUCAACUUCCCAGUGUCGUCUUUAGCACGACAAGUGCUACUGCUUUUGUCUGUCGCUCUGUUUUGUCUAGAGUCGACGCGGAGUCAUUCUUGAUCGACAUGAAAGAUCCUGAAACGCAAGACAAAGUAUUUCCAGGGUUGCAUCCUCUAAGGUACAAGGACCUACCAACUUCAGCAUUUGGGCCAUUAGGGAGUACGCUCAAGGUUUACAGUGAGACUGUGAACACUCGAACAGCUUCUGCUGUUAUCAUCAAUUCAGCAAGCUGUCUAGAGAGCUCAUCUUUGGCAUGGUUGCAACAACAACUACAAGUUCCAGUGUUUCCUAUAGGCCCACUUCACAUUACAGCUUCAGCGCCUUCUAGUUUACUAGAAGAGGACAGAAGUUGCAUUGAGUGGUUGAACAAGCAGAAAUCAAGCUCAGUAAUUUACAUAAGCUUGGGUAGCUUGGCUCUAACGCAAACGAAAGAAAUGUUUGAGAUGGCUUGGGGAUUGAGUAACAGCAACCAACCUUUCUUAUGGGUGAUCCGACCGGGUUCUGUUCCUGGCUCAGAAUGGACAGAGUCCUUACCAGAGCAAUUCAGCAAGUUGGUUGCAGAAAGGGGUUAUACUGUGAAAUGGGCACCACAGAUGGAAGUUCUCAGACAUCCUGCGGUAGGAGGGUUUUGGAGUCACUGUGGAUGGAACUCGACCCUAGAGAGCAUCGGGGAAGGAGUUCCGAUGAUUUGUAGGCCUUUUACCGGGGAUCAGAAAGUCAAUGCAAGGUACUUAGAGAGAGUUUGGAGAAUUGGGGUUCAGUUGGAGGGAGAGCUGGAUAAAGGAACUGUGGAGAGAGCUCUAGAGAGGUUGCUUGUGGAUGAAGAAGGAGCAGAAAUGAGGAAGAGAGCCAUCGACUUGAAAGAGAAGCUUGAAGCCUCUGUCAGAAUUGGAGGUUCCUCAUGCAGCUCAUUAGACGACUUUGUCAAUUCCUUGUGAAGAUGAUGAAGAGGAGGAGAUAGUCCCUAUUCAAAGGUCAAAGUGCAUCAAAUGAUAUAACAAAACAUGAGUUCUAUUUUUACUGUAAUAUUUGGAAGUUGUCUCUAUAAAUUAAAUAAGAAUAUCUACA